CACUCAAUCCAAAGGCCCAGUGGCUAGUCCAAGAACAAAAUCCAAGCGCCCGGCAUCUCUCUGCAUUUCCGAACCGAAUUCUCCAGAGUCCAACCACUCCAAUUUCACUCACCCACGAUACUCAGCCCGCCUCGCGAUGGCGAUGGAGACGAAGAAGAAGAGGGAGAGGGCAGUUUGCGAUAAGAAUGACUCGGAGGAAACGGAACGCGCUUCAGAGACGUUGAGUGUUCUUUCUGAUUAGCCCGUUUAUCUGUGUUGAUUUCUGUUAGCAUUAUUCCUGCAGCAAUGGUACUGGGGAUGAAUUGUCAACUGAUAAAGGUAUCUGCUUAUAGAUGCUUCAGUCAUUUUUGCGGAAAGCCUGUAUGUUUUAUUAGACUCUGUGUAUUCUCAACUACUAAUUUUGGUCCUCCAAGCGAGGGGGAAUGUAAAGCCAACAAUAUCAAUAAUGGGUAUGAUGGUUCAGGGAGGAUGGGUUCCGUGGAUCCUGGGGAAUUACGUUUUACAGGAAGUGCUAGCGAUGACACUUGUAUUCCCUUCAAUUUGGGGUGUCUUAACAAGGUUGAGUCACGUGAGCUCUACCAAGAUGAAGAAGUACUUGAAGAAGAUGACGAUAAAGAUGAAGUUGAAGGAGAGCAUGGUAGUGAUGAUGAUAGUCUUGAGGUUCUUAGCACCUUUCAAGGCAGUCGCAAACAGAUAGUAGACGUUAGGAAAUUUGAAAUUAGCGAGACUGAAUUUAGACACCCUUUAGUUAGAGAGGUUUGUAGGUUAAUUACACUGAGGUCCACUUGGGACCCAAAACUGGAAGGAGAAUUGAGGCAUUUAUUAAGAAGCCUCAAGCCCCCUCAAGUUUGUGCUGUUUUACGCUCCCAAGAUGAUGAACGUGUUGCUUUGAAUUUUUUCUAUUGGGCUGAUCGGCAAUGGCGUUAUCGGCAUAACAUUAUUGUCUACUAUACUAUGCUGGAAGUUCUUAGCAAGACUAAAUUGUGUCAAGGUGCUAGGCGAGUUCUUCGUUUAAUGACUCGCAGGGGAAUUGAAUGCGCGCCUGAAGCUUUUGGUUAUGUGAUGGUAUCAUAUAGUCGAGCAGGCAAGUUAAGAAAUGCCCUUCGAAUUUUGACCUUGAUGCAGAAAUCUGGUGUUGACCCUAAUUUAUCGAUAUGUAACACUGCCAUCUAUGUCUUGGUGAAGGGGAACAAACUGAAAAAGGCACUGAGGUUCUCGGAAAGAAUGCAACUAAUAGGAAUCAAACCCAACGUCGUUACUUAUAACUGCUUGAUUAAGGGGUUCUGUGAUUUAAAUAAAAUUGAGGAUGCGUUGGAGCUUAUUGCUGAAAUGCCAUCUAAGGGAUGUAUGCCUGAUAAAGUUAGUUACUAUACUGUGAUGGCUUUCCUCUGUAAGGAGAAAAGAAUUGAAGAACUGAAGCAGUUACUGGAGAAUAUGGUUAGGGACAGUAAAUUGAUACCUGAUCAGGUCACAUAUAAUACUCUUAUCCAUGUACUUUCAAAGCAUGGACAUGCGGAUGAUGCUCUUGCUUUUUUAAAGGAAGCAGAAGAGAAAGGUUUUCGCAUUGAUAAGGUUGAGUAUAGUGCAAUAGUUGACUCUUUUUGCAAGAAGGGCAGGAUGGGUGAGGCAAAGAAUUUAGUGAACAAUAUGUAUGUACAGGGUUGUAUACCUGAUGUAGUGACAUAUACUGCUAUUAUUGAUGGAUUUUGUCGCAUGGAAAAUGUAGAUGAAGCUAAAAGGAUGCUGCAACAGAUGUACAAACAUGGGUGUAAGCCUAAUGCUGUGUCUUAUACAGCUCUGUUGAAUGGCCUCUGUCACAGUGGAAAGUCAGUUGAGGCAAGAGAUAUGAUAAAUGCAAGUGAGGAACAUUGGUGGAGCCCAAAUGCUGUCACGUAUAGUGUUGUCAUGCAUGGGCUGCGUAGGGAGGGGAAAUUAUCUGAGGCCUGUGAUCUGGUCAGGGAAAUGGUUAAAAGGGGUUUUUUCCCGACACCAGUUGAAAUUAACUUGCUUCUUCAGUCUCUAUGUCAAGAUGGCAAAAUAACUGAGGCUAAAAAAUUUAUGGAAGAAUGCCUGAAUAAGGGCUGUGCCAUUAAUGUUGUCAACUUUACCACUGUGAUUAAUGGUUUUUGUCAGAUGGGCGACUUGGAUGCUGCUUUGUCUGUGCUUGAUGACAUGUAUUUAAGCAACAAACAUCCUGAUGCAGUCACAUAUACGACACUAUUUGAUGCAUUUGGGAAGAAAGGUAGAUUGGAAGAGGCAUCUGAACUAAUGAUGAAAAUGCUUAACAAAGGUUUGGUUCCUACUCCUGUAACAUAUAGGACGGUCAUUCACCGGUGCUGUCAAUGGGGUAGAGUGGAGGAUUUGUUGAAAUUAUUGGAUAAAAUGCUUGCCAGGCAAACGUUCAGAACGGCAUACAAUCAGGUUAUUGAGAAGCUCUGUGAUUUCGGGAACCUUGAGGAAGCUGAUAAACUUUUAGGGAAGGUUUUGAGAACAGCUUCAAAACUUGACGCUAAUACAUGCCAUGUUCUGAUGGAAAGCUAUCUGACUAAGGGGAUGGCUCUGUCAGCAUACAAGGUGGCUAGUAGAAUGUUUAGCCGCAAUUUGAUUCCUGACCUUAAGUUGUGUGAGAAAGUGAGCAAGAAAUUGACAGCGGAUCGUAUGUUGGUGGAGGCUGAUAACCUCAUGUUAAGAUUUGUUGAGCGUGGGUGUAUGAUGCCACAGAAUGGGACACAUUCGUCUAGUUAAUUGUUGGUUGAAGCUCAAAUGGUAACAUAUAUGUUUCCUGUAUUGAAGAUGAAUCAGUUGGCAGGGGAUGCCCUUUAUUGAACUAUUGAAGGAUCUCUCAUAGUUGCUCUGUGGCAAACAUUAAGUAAUAAGUAUGAUGGCGCCCAUCAUAACAAUAAUGAUGCUUUAUUUAGAUUCAUAUAUUUCCCACUGCAAGGAAUGUAGACAACGAAUUUGGGCCUGUACAUGCUUGACCUGGGUGAAGUUGUCAGGUCAAGUGUAUCAGGCUAUGCUCAAAUGGAGAUGUGCCCUGAAGGCUGCCUUGAGAAUGGAAUGCAGCACUGAUCCUUGUUCUGUCAAGUCUUGCGAACAUCUCAGUAUAAAAUACUAAAAUGUAGCAAGCUAUUGUCACAGAUCAAGAACAAUGCUGAUAUUUCUCAUCUUCACUGAGAGAACACUCCUGUAAAGAAUGAUUGCUGGUUGGCCAUGGCAAGAGCAAAUGAUGGUUCUGGAGCUCUUGAUUUUUCGAACAAGUUAACAAAUUUUCGGGAACUUUUAUACUUGGAUGUUGGAAGAGGCGCACUUGGAAGAAUGAAAUAAUCGAGUGGAUAAUCAUGAAGAUCCCAUUGUGGUGGAAGAUGAGGAAAAAUGAAGAUGCUUGUUCCUUGUGGUAUGACAAUAAUGGGUCCAGAAUGUUCUAGUUUCUGGUGGUAGGAUCAUGGCAUUGAAGCUUUUGACCCGACCUUGUGUCAAAUGGCUUUUGUGCUCCUCACCUCUGUUACUUUCAUCUCCUGUUUCAGAGUUAUAAACAGAAACCUUAGUCCUUAGAUGAUGUCAGAAAAUAAUAAUUGUUUUGGCCAGUGUAAAAAUAUGACUGAUGUAAAUACUCUCUCUCUCUCUCUCUCUCACACACACACACACACACGAUGACUUGCGUAAAUUUGGUUGAUCUGAACAGUUAAAAAAAAAAAGAUAGAUCUAAGGAAUAAAGAAGUGGAUUUGAAGCU